GCAGAAGGAGGGUUAGUUGGAAUAGCGGUGGUAAAAUAAAAUAACAGUGAGGGUUAUUUGGUGUGGGAUUCCUCUUCCUGGCUGUAAGAAUAGUCCUUUCCCGCGAAAUGUGCUGAGCGUUUCCGUGUGAGAGAGUGAGAGAGAGAGGGAGAGGUGUGAUCGAAAGCUCCUGGAGCAACAUGGCUGCUGUUUACUCGGAGGAACAGACCAGGUUACGAAGAAACGUUACGAACGUGUCUUUGGAACAUAUUAAAGGCUCGUCUCCGGAGAACAGAGCAGAUUUAGCGAGUUGUGAUGGAGACAUAAGUGUAAAAAACAGCAGUCCUGCACAGGACGAGGCCCGAGAUCAUGUACAAGUUGCGGCAGUGAACGCUGCAGUUCCUCAGAUCAGGAUAAAAGAAGAACCUGUCGAAGAACCUGACUACAUGACCGUCCGUGUGGACGAUGUCGGGGUGGGAAACUGGGAGCAGCCCGGAAGAGAAGCAGAUUUCUCGGGCAGCGGUGAAUGUACUGAUGGAGAUUGGCCAAUUUGCUGUGAAGAAAAGAGCGCUGCAUUUGGAAACAAGGAGGGAUGCACAGAGCAUCGACGGGAGCACACUCACGACGGCCCCAUUGUCUGUCUGGACACUGACUCCCAGUGGGACAACCUGCUUGUCUCCACUGACGGAGGUCAUCAAACCUUGUGCUGUGCACUGUGCGGUUGCAAAUUUUCAAACUCAAGAGAGUUUUUUACUCACCAGCUGAAACACCGUAAUGACAUCAUUAAACAGGAAUCAAUCCUGGAGACUGGGGAGGGUUUAUCAAAACAGAAAGUCUUUGAGUGCAAUGACUGUGGUAAGACAUAUUCAUCAAUUGGCCAAUGCCUUAAUCAUCAGCGUUCACACAAGCAGGCCUCAAAAUCGGUUUUCCAUCAGUUAGCCCAUUUGAAGAAAAAGUCUUUCCAGUGUCCCACCUGUGGCCGCUCUUACUCUCGUGCAUCGGCUCUUGACGCACAUCGUCGUUGCCAUGAGGAGAAGCUGUUUAAAUCAAAAAACAGUGAAGGGGAGAAAUACAGCGCUGAUGAAGUUACAGUUAAAGCAGAGGACACUGCUGACACAAGCUCUGAACAGUUAGAAGAGUCUCCGAAAAAGCUUUUUGAGUGCUUGGACUGCGGGAAAUCUUUUCGCACUAUGUGUGGCCUCGGGACACACCAGAGAUUCUCUGUCAACUGUUCAAGCACUACAGUUAAGGUGCGUGUAAAGCGUUCGUUUGACUGCACCGAAUGCGGGAAGACUUUUCACCGUCCCAUGGCAAUGGCAUGUCAUCAGCGUUGGCAUAAAAGACGAGAGCAGCUUCACGGUAACGAGCAACCGUUUCAGUGCAAGGAAUGUGGCAAGGUUUUUACAUCCUUAACAUUCUACAAUAAACACCAGAGAUUGGCUCAUAGUCAAGAAACGCCAGCCAAGAGUUUCCUUCAUCAAGUCUUUCAGCUCCAGAAGAAAGCUUUCGAAUGUCAGGAAUGUGGUCGGCGAUUUUCUCGCGCUUCUGCACUGCAGUCGCAUCAGCUCUGUCACACCGAUGUUUUUGGUGACAUCAUGGAGGGAAGUUCUCAAAAGUCCUCUACGGAACAAACAGCCGAGUCAUACGAGGACGAGGUGUCUCCUUUUGCCGAAGCUUCAGUGUAUUCGCAAAACGACAUUUUGGUGAAAGAAUUAAGACAUGACGGAACAUUUAGCACAAAAGUUUAUAAAGCAGACAACAAUUUUAAACCCAUCAUCAUAGAAGAGUCCAAUAGUCAUAGGCGUGACCAUGGAUCUCAGCAAAACUCUGAUCUUGAGUUGGUGUGUGAAUCAGACCAAGAAGAAAAAGACUUUAACUCGAACUUAUCCAAAGAAACUGUGCUGUCUUCUCCGAGCUCAGAUCCAGAGAUGGAUGUAGACGUAGUAGAGAUAGACAAUGUGAAUAUCAACGAGGGAUUAGGAAACACAGAAAUGGACCAAAGCCCUUCACAAGAGGCUAAGAAGUAUGAAUGUUUGGAAUGUAACCGGACGUUUGAUAAGGCCGUUUCCUUGCGCUGUCACAUGCUAUGGCACAGUGGAGGAAUGGGGAAAAAGUCACGUUACCGUAGAAAAAUGCACACAGCAAAUCCAAUCAGGAAAGCUUCGAUUAUAUGUGAGAUUUGUGGCCACGAAAGUUUCACCAAGGCUUCUCACUACGUUCAUCUGGGAAAACACGAAGACAGAAAACCCUACAAGUCCAUAAUGUAUCAGCUUGCAAAUCUGCAGAAAAACAGCUUCAAGUGCGACGUAUGUAACAUGCAGUUCUCUCGCCUGUCUGCUCUGCAGUCUCAUCAGCAGCAUCACAACAAAAGGAAAAAACCAUAUGAAUGCUCACAGUGUGACAAAAGCUAUUCCAACCUCAGUACUCUUUACAACCAUCAGAAAGUUUGCAGCGGUAAGGAAGCCCUCACCGCCAAUUCUUCCAGCGAUAAAGACAAUAAGAAGGAGCAGUUUAAUCCAAGUAAGACACUACUGGGGCCCAAAGUUCAUCAUUGUAAAAAAUGUGGGAAAGGAUUCUGGUCUAUGGGAGCCUUCUAUCAUCAUAAACAGUAUCAUCCACAAUGUGGCGAUAUUAACACUAGCAGCUCAGAAGCCAAACUCAAAUCUGAAAACGGACACGUAAGACGCAAGAGACGAGGUCGUAAGAGAAUGAUGAUGAACAGUCACAAUCGUAAACCCGGUGUAAUGCCCGAUCGCGUCAAAUCGAGGUUGUAUAAAUGUGACGUUUGCGAUAAAUCGUAUCGUGUUAUAGGCUGUUUUCUUAAACAUAAGCUAAUCCACCAAAACCAAGCUGCAGUAAAAUCAUUCGACGAUCAGGUUAAACAGUUGCAAAAGAACAUGUAUAGCUGUCCUGACUGUGGGAAAAACUUUUCCCGUGCCAUGGCACUUCAGUUCCACAUGAGAAGCCAUGGCUAUGAAACGGGCCUUCCGGUGGAAACAAAUCAGUCCAACAAGUCCGACGGACCUCAGUGCCCGAUCUGCCAUGCUGUUUUCAAUUGCGAGUCGUCGCUAGAAAUUCAUCGAAAACGCUGCUUAAAAGCAAAAGGCGAACGUACAGAAACGUGUCGAGAAGUGGAAUCGGACAAGCUCGGCCUCAACAAAGACAGCAAACGUGUUCAAUACCAGACACGUGAAGAUGUGAAAGGCACGUCUGAAAAAGUGAAACACGCAUGUGAUGACUUCUCGGCUGUAGGUGCACUUCAUCUUCGUAAAAAAGUUCACCGUAAAGCUUCCAGUUCCAUGGCGUCUCAGUUUGAAUGCGUAAACGCUUCCCCUAGCAAACCUGAAGAAUCAACAGCCAGGGCUCUGUUUUAUUGUACAGAAUGCGGAAGGAAAUUUUCUACAAAUUCCGCCCUGGGAACGCACCGGAGAUGGCACAAAGACAAGAAAUUGGCCAGGUUUAUAUUAAAGAGUAGUAAAAUGUCAAGGAAGAAUAUGGAGAACGGUCCCUUUUUGUGCAACUUGUGUGGAAAGGGAUUCUUCUAUCUAUGCGUUCUCCGUCGCCAUCAGAAAUAUCAUCCACCGAUAGUGGCCCGGUCUGACCACGAACAAAAGCUUCAAAUCACUGAUCAUCUCAGCAGUGCUUCUAAAAAGAGCAGGUUAGAUUGCCCUGACUGUGAUGCAUCUUUCUUUAGUGGAUCUCUCUUAGCAGCCCACUUUGCCUUCCAUCAUGCCAAGCCACCUGAUGCAGAAACCAAGCAACAUGUGUCAGCUCAACCUGUCAUACUCCUCAUAAAUCCACCCAAUGCUCCUUUGGCUGACGGAGGAGACAAGCCGAAAAUAAAAUACCACUGCCUCCAGUGUAACAAGAAAUUUGUAAAUGAUAGAGGACUUCGAGCGCACAAAUGGCAAAAACACAGGAGGACCAGAGGACGACCACCCGCAAGCACGAAUGAAGACUUUAAACCCUUUCCUUGCUCACAUUGUGAGAAGCGCUAUGGAUCCUAUGGAGCCCUACAGAACCAUCAGCGCUCCUGCAACGCAAACACCGGAAGUCUGAAACAGCCACACCAACCAGACGCAGAAGAAGAGCAACCAUUACAGCAUAAGCCUUUAGAGUCGAAGUGUCUCUUCAAAUGUCAUAAAUGUGGUAAAGCGUUUCCCAGUGAGAAACAACUGGAUGCUCAUAAAGAGGCAGCAAAGUCACGCCCUCACUGCUGUGCUCUGUGUUGUCGAGGCUAUUGGACCGAAUCUCAGCUACAGCAGCAUCUCAUUUGGCACGACGAAGUACGGCAACGUCUCCCGACCGAACUUCGUUACAGGCUCAACAACUCCGUAGUGUCGGGAUCUUCAGCUAAAGGUCUUCAGGUCCCGAGCACAAACUGUGUAUCCCCAACAAAACAACCUUCAAUUGCAACAAAUUUGAAGGUGGGCAGAAAUUACAAAUGUCACCAGUGCAACAAAAUGUUUCUUUCCCCACAUGCACUCGAGGAGCACCUGACCCUCCACAAGGGUGAGGAGCCUUAUCGUUGUUCUCUUUGUCCAAAGACAUUUACUGAGAUCAAAGAUCUCAUCGAUCAUCACCAAGAGUGUUUGGGUGAUAAAGAAUUAACAGCCCCAUCUUUACCAGCUUCUUCUCAAGAUACAGAGAGCCUGACAUGCAUCGAGUGUGGGAUUUCUUUCAAUCAAGAAACAGACUUGCACCAGCAUUACAUUGAUCAUGCACGUGGAGAGUUCUGAAAGCUGCGCGUCAAUACGCCCGAGGAAAUAGAAAAUUUGGCAGAACUUUCAGGUUUCAUGUAUCAAGGGGACUGCUCAUGAGAAUUUACCAGGUGAACCAUAUAUUUGGAGCAACAGCCAAUUUAUUUAUUUUAUUUUUUCUCCCAGAUGCUGUAAAUAAUUUGCAUUUGUUCUGUGUGUAGUAGCAUAUGCUCACAGUGUUCCUUCUCACAGACAGUUAUUUUCCAAUAGCUAUGUUUCAUGACCUUUCCUACUCUGGGGUAAAAAUCUGACUACAUACCCAAGUCAUGUGUUUACUGAUUAUGCCUUAAAGCUUGGACUUUAUUUGUUUCAAAAUGCUUUUAAAUUAUUCAUUGCAUAGUCAUUUUUAUACAUUGGAUUCUGUGAAUAAGCAUUAAACUGAAUGUAGACAUGACUGCAAUUCACAUAUAGUAUCUUUUCAUUAAGUGAUCACCUGUAUGUAUUUAGACCUGUUUUUUUCUGCCUUUCACAAUGUUGAAUGACAUUAGAAUAGCCAUCUCUUACAGAGACACAAAUGAUGUGCAAGUUGUCUUUGUUGGAAAGGAAUUCUAUUGUAGUGUAUUUAAAAACAUGAAAUGAUUGUAUGAAAAUGAGUGAAUAAAUCUGUGAAUAGUC